AUGUCUAAAGCAGAAUUGACUGGGCCGCCCGAAGGUGCUCCCCAAUUCACCAUCGAGGCUGUUUCGGAAUAUCCCGGCCUCCGUCCAGCCCUAGCGCAUCGUCUCUAUUCUCAUCGUCUCCAUGUCAGGGCCAAAGCUAAGCUCCAGCGCGAUAGGCUCCUCUCAGGCCCUCUUGUAGACAUCUAUGUCGGCAAGUCCAGGCGGCACUGGGCCCUCCAUCUCAACCUGCUCUGUCAUCACUCAGAGUACCUCGAGUCUGAACUGCAGUCAGAUGGGGAAAAGAAGCAAGAUAAGCUCGAGCUGAUGGAUUACGAUCCGGCUGGCUUCGAGCUCCUUGUGAAAUGGAUGUACCAGGGCAAGCUCGAUGAUGUCUCCGAUAUGGUGGACCCGAACCAAAAGUACGAGUAUGCCGUCAGGUGUCACAAGCUGUACCUGCUUUGCGAUCGAUUCGACAUGCCGCAGCUCAAGAAUGUUGCCAUGGAUCAGUAUCGCAAGGGUCUCAACGAAGCCCAACUUGUCCCCGACGCUGAAGAAAUUGAUGACAUUUACCGUAAGAGCCCCGUCGGGUCUCCGUUUCGACGGUUAAUGACCAAGAUUGCUGCUCGACAGAUCAUGGAUCCUGAGAGCGAAAGGGACGUUGAGACUUAUCGCGAGUGCUUUGUGGACAACUCAGACUUUGCUGUGGACCUCGUAAAUGCGGUCAAGCUCGGCACUGGCGGUAUGCUGUUCGAAGAUCCUACCUAUGGGAAUGGAUGCGAGUACCACGACCAUGAAGCAGGGCCAAAUUGUCACAUUAAAGGCAAGGGCAGAGUCAAGCAAGCUCUCAAGGCAUCAGCCCUCCGCCCCUCCCCCAAAUCCGUCAAAUCCGAUCCUACCGCGGAUCACGGCCCUCCCCUCCUCCAUCGCCUCCCUCCUCCAACCACUCCAACUCCUCAACCUCCUCCCCAGAAUCAUCCCCAGUCUCAUCCCAGGCAAGCUCGCCGACAAGACGGAAUAAGCGCAGGCCCUCUCCGCCGUCGCCUCACCAGUCCGGCUUCUUCAACCAUCGAGAUGUCGAAAGAAACCGCAACAGCGUCUCCCCCCAGCCCGAAGGAACAGAGAGACAAGUUCAGGUGGGUGGCGCCGCUGCCGCCGGAGACACACCAGGAAAACCCGGCGGCGGAAGAGGAAUCUCCAGCCCCUCAGACAGCCCCAGACGAGCACCACCAAAGCUCAGACGGAGGGUCUCACCCACCCCUGGAUAGCUCGGCGAGCGAUUCCAGUAACAAGUCGAGCGACGCGAAACAGAUUCUGGGGGACACAUCCCCACGUCGAGGACUAUGGGAAUGGGCAAGAGCAGGAACAGGAAGGCUGGGAUUGAGCAGAAUUCCGCAUCCUGAAUGGAGAGGUCCCCUGACUUCAAAGGCUGCAACCACAGCAGUAAACGGGGCAUUGGACGGAGGAAGGAAAAUCGAAGAAACCCAAGACGACUUCAGCGUUCCGUCAGCAACGUCUACGGAACCCGGAAAUGAAACCCGAAAAGAAGGAGAAGAAGCAGCCGCUGCCAGAGUUAAAGGCCUGGGUACCGUUAACAGCACCGUCGACCCUAUGUUUUCUCAAACGAAGAGGUCGUCGGAUGAUUUGGUUGCGGACGCGAGCGCAACACCCUCACCAAACAUGGUGCGACCAGACCGCUCGCCAAAGAGCGACGAGCAGGAGCAGAGUCUACCAUUGACCCCGUCCCCUCCUGAACGAAAGAGGGUGUCGACUGACGAGUCCGAAUCGACAGGGCUGUCGUCCAAAAAGGAGGUGGAUGAAGCCUCUAAUACGACGCCCAGUCCCCAUCGUAUACCGAUGUACAAAAUCGCGCUCGCCAGCAACAUCCUUUCUCCUAGCAGGAAAACGACUGUUUCAUGA